AUGGGUUUGCUCAUAUUCUUCGGCCUGAACAUUCUUUAUUGCUGCAUCCUGACGUUUGCUGUGCGACCGUAUUAUCGCCAGCACUGUGGCUAUGGAUAUCCACCCUUAGACGUGAGGACCGGUCUGAUGGCAGUAGCGCUCACCCCAUGGAUCAUUGCGCUCUCAGGGAAAGCAAACAUUGUCUCUUUGCUGACAGGCAUUGGGUAUGAGAAGCUGAAUAUUGUCCACCGUUGGAUGAGUUAG